AAGAUGAUCAUUUCCCAAGCCGGUAGUAAUUCUGUUCGAAAGUUCAUGCAGGCUGUUGCAAGUUUUACGUGAUAUUCCUUCUAGUACUCGGCAUUCCUAUGUUGAAGGCAUACUCACGCGCAAGGCCUGGUCACAGUGCUGCAAGAUGGUUGUUGUAAUCCACCGGGGUUCCAUGAUGCCACUCUUCAGCUUUCCCUGGUAUCCGCUUGCCAAUUCUACCCAUCUUUUGCACAGCCCAGUCCCAACACGUUCCAUUUGCAUGUUGAAGAAUGUCUGAUGAGAAGCUGCAAGCUCUCACAUAACCUUUGAAGCAACCGUGCAGAUGGUUGCUUCAUUUACUCCUGACACUCACUGACAUCUUACUCCUAGUCGAUGGCUUCCGCGUACGACAUCCUAGGUGCUGUUCUUGGUGUCCUGGGGACAAUCGGCACCAUCCAACUCAUCUACUCUCUCGUACAUUUUAAUCUUCCCUCUCAGCGAUUGAAGGAUCUGGAUGACACUUUGAAUGGUACCAUCCACUUCCUCUACACUGCGAUAGAAGACGGUCUCCUCCCGGAUGUAGUCUUUGUGCAAACCACCCAGCGCAGGCUCUCAUUGUACCGGAAUCUUACGGAACGGCUGCGGACACGAGUGCACUGCGCCACAAACUUCCGUCAGCAAUGCUCUGCAAUGGCAAAUGGCCUAUCGAGCCGCAUCAACUCUCUUUGCGGAAGGGUGAAGGCUAUUCGUGCAGACAUCUCAUCAGUCAGCGAGAACACACGAAGACUGUUGGAAGGCGAAAAUCAUUGCAAUGAUGAUAAUAGCUCGAUCGGAACUAUUCAGCAAAGCUCUGUGGCUAUUACGACCUUUGGGAAAUCAGGUAUUCAUCCUCCACUUACAGGUCGGCUACAAAUCCUAGAGGAUGAACCUGUUCCCGGGAUUCACAUCGCACCUCCUCCUCCCGUUUACACCCGAUCUGUCAGGCAGCACUGUCAUUCCCCACCUGCAAACCAUACAGUCCUGAACCUUGCUCCAGCUGCCCUGAAUGCCGCAUUUAUGGACUCAUAUUUUCAUACUCCAAAUGACACCGAUCGGCUGCUAGACCUUCCCAUCACUACCCGGAGUAUCGAUCGUGGGCAACUUGACUCGGAUAAAUUCGAACCUACUAAACAGGAUACCGAAACCUCUCUUCCAUCCGUUAUUUCUGAAGUUGACUUGGAUCGAAUCUCCAAUGUUCUGGCUACUGCGCUCACUGCCGUACGAGAACUUCAAGAACUGAAGCAGAGGCAUGAGUCGAUGAGCGAGACAACAAUGACUGUUCAUCGUAAGUUAACGCUGGCUUGGUUUACAGGCCACUUACAUGAUAUUUUUCUCCGCAGUUAAUGCAGUCAAGUGGUAGAAAUUCUGGUUGAUACUGUAUCGCAAGUCAGUGACGUUUUCGGCCAUGUCGAACCUUUUCAUCUAUGCUCCUCGCAGGUCUUGUGCUGUCAUUCUCACACUCCGUUAUCGACAUGCCUACUAUGCUAGGCUACUUGCUUUGCUUUGCUUUAUUUUCAUCUGCUUUCCCGGCUCGUUACGUCGUCUGUGCUUUCUCGCUUUCGUAUGCAUGUCUUAUAAAAUACUAUCUUCUGGCACGGCGCGUCAUUGCAGCUAGGCUUGUUUGUGGUCGACUUCGCGUACAUCGGAACUUGUCUUCAUUUGACCGCCUUUCCAUUUUUUAAUUUAUCCACUUUUCUGCUAUCGUCGUACUGUUUUCCUUUGUUUUUGUUUGCUUUCUUCAUCGUUUUCGUCGUCUAUGUUAAUACCUCAGUCUCAGUUCUGGGCAUCGUUACUUACUGAACGUAUGGAGUUUCUUCAGGCCGAUUAUUGGAACCUUUCCACAUUUUUGUAUGCCAAGUUUUCUCACAAAGGAGCUAAUGCUGUAUUCAUCAAACACAUUAGAAUUUAGUGACAUGAUUGAAUGU